AUGAAGCCACCAUACAGAUAUUUCCGCGUAGUUAUGGGAACAAGUUUGCUUAAUGCAGGUGGUGAAUCUCAUCACAUUGCCAGAGUGGAUGUUCAUCUCGACUGGAUAGAUUCUCCGAAACUUUCCUAUCAGAAUGAUCUGGCUAUAAUUACGGUAGAUAUUUUAUUAGUGAAAGAAUAUCCACGUUCUUGGAAAUUGGCGAGCAAAAUCUUCUUCAAUGCUUACAAGCAGAAAGCCAAGUUGCCUACCAAGGAAGUCCAGGAUGGGGAGGUAGCUGACUUCACAGGUUGGGGAUUAACCCUUCAAACCCCCAAAACUCGUCCCAAGAAUCUUCAAAGAAUUAAAACCACUAUUGUAACCAAUGAAAAAUGCCGUAAAAAAAUGGUUAAUGGUGCAAGACUUAUGAUCUACAAGACUCAAGUUUGCGCCUUCCGUACUUCCGGAAUUGGAGCUUGUUCUGGUGACAGCGGUAGUCCUCUGGUCGUAAAUGGUGAAAUUGUCGGUAUCGCUUCCUGGGUGAGAAAUAAACGUUGCGCUAAUGGUAGCCCAGACGUUUAUACCAAUGUCUACGCUUACAAAGACUACAUCGAAUCAAUUAUAUACAGAUAUUAA